AUGGAGUUCAUGCUCGCGAUCAUGGCGGCCCUGCAGGAGCGCCCCGACGCCGCUAUGUCGGACGUGGUGGGCGAAAUCUACCACAAAACGAUCCACCGGUGGCACGGCUUCCUCACAUCUUCGGCUUUCACGGUGGCCUUUGCAUUCGUGCCCAGCCGCGAGGCUUUUCUGAACCGCCUGGCUGGCGGCAAGUACUGCGGCAGGACGGCUGCUGACAUGGCGGCGUACGUUGACCAGUUCUCGGCGUUGCUGGCGGAGGUCCACAAGUUCUUGGACAAGCACGGCCUGGAUGACCCGCGGAGGGUCUGA